GUUUGUUUGGACACCGACCUCGCUCCAACUCCCCAUAAUACAAAUAAAUACCAUCAAUACACCAUACCAACGAUUAAAUGACGCUCUUUACACUUCUAAUUGCCAGUUUGUUCACCUCAGUUUUGUCAUGGUACAGUAAUGAACCCAGCCUUUGGGUACCAGGGCAGUAUGGGUACCAAGGAGUGCAUAACGGGUUGGAACACGCGAAGGACUUUGUGAACGAGUGGACCGUGGAAGUGGAAGGUGGUGAGGAGGUAGCCCAGUUGGUUGCUCUGGAACUUGGCUACCUUUAUGGAGGGAAGGUGAACGGAUUCCCAGACACGUACACGUUUUUGAAGUAUGAACAUGGGAAGCAGCGACGCACCCCCAGUCGCCAUACGUCGACACUCAUCAAGGACAGGAGGGUAAGAUGGGCAGAGCAACUUUUCUCAAAAUCGCGGGUGAAGCGAUACCCAAUGCAGGAUUCUGAUCAGCCAUUGCAAAGAGUGAAGAGGGUCGAAGUAAAUGAUACGUACAACAAUGUAAAUGUCUAUCGUAUCAAAGAACCUUGGUUUAACGAUGAACUAUGGAGUCACGAGUGGUAUUUGCAAGACACGCGCACAUUGCACAAUUUACCCCGCCUGGACCUAAACGUGUUACCAGUUUACAAAAUGGGAUACAAUGGCAGCGGUGUGCGAGUUUCAGUCCUCGACGACGGCAUCGAACAUAACCACACAGAUUUGCGGGCCAACUACGAUCCAGAAAUCAGUUGGGAUAGUAAUGAUGGCGAUCCCGAUCCUUCACCGAGAUAUGAAGAUAUCAAGUUGAAUUCUCAUGGCACUCGUUGUGCUGGAGAAAUCGCUAUGACUGCAAACAAUUUAAAAUGUGGUGUGGGCGUGGCAUGGGGGGCUAAGGUGGGCGGAGUUAGAAUGCUCGAUGGACGAAUAACGGAUAGGAUUGAGGGAGAAGCAAUAGCCUAUGCGUUAGACAAAGUGGAUAUCUACAGUGCUUCAUGGGGCCCUAAUGAUGACGGACGGACCGUUGAAGGACCGGGGCGCCUUGCUUUCGAAGCGUUUAAACGUGGCGUCACUGAGGGUCGUGGCGGAAAAGGAGCUAUUUAUGUAUGGGCAAAUGGUAACGGAGGCGGUCAUAGCGACAACUGUAACUGCGAUGGAUAUUCUUCUAGUAUUUACACGAUAUCAAUAGGAAGCGCUUCCCAGCAUGGUCUGUUUCCUUGGUACGGAGAGAUUUGUUCAUCUACGCUGGCUGCUGCAUACUCCUCUGGUGCUUACAAAGAUCAGAAAAUCGCUACUACAGACACGGGUGAUUCGUGUACUCUCGGGCAUACCGGCACGUCAGCCGCUGCUCCAUUGGCUGCCGGAAUCAUCGCUCUCGCUCUACACGCCAAUCCAAAUCUAACAUGGCGUGACGUACAGCAUUUAAUAGUCUGGACUUCAGAAUACGCUCCUCUCUCAGCUAAUCCUGGAUGGCAAAUAAAUGGUGCUGGACUUUAUUUUGAUGUACGGUUUGGUUUCGGGCUUUUGAACGCCGAAGCACUCGUUACAGCGGCACUAAAUUGGACAACCGUACCUAGAGAAUAUGAUUGUCACGUGGGUGCUGCACCGUUAGGAGAAGAGGAAGCACGACUGUUUUCAAGACAAAAUGUUGAUAUAUUUCUAACUGUAGAAGACGAUUGCGUGGUUAAUUACAUCGAACACAUAGAAGUUAUAAUGAACUUACGCUACAGCCGCCGAGGGGCGCUGGAAAUCUACGUAGUGUCACCGCAAGGCACAGCAGUUCAAUUACUUAGUGCCCGUCCGAAAGACACAUCUACGAAUGGUUUCGUGAAUUGGCCUCUAAUGUCUGUAGCAACAUGGGGUGAAAAUCCUAAAGGCAUUUGGAAAGUCAUGGUCACUGACAAUACGUAUGAGAAGAACAUGGGCGAUAUUGGACCAGUAAGUUUAGUCAUACACGGUACAAAAACAAUGCCGUCACACAUGAAAAAUGGACCGAGGAUUUACAAUAGCAAUUACAACUACCAAGAGGCGUUUGAAUAUUUCGACAAUGUAGACAAUAACAGUGUCGACGUCGCGUCGAAUACCGUUACACAAGACGAAGUUGUAGCCGCAGUACCAGGGGAACAUAAACACGAAGCGGUUGACGAUAUUCAUAACAUUGAUGCAACAGUAUUAGCUGAAGUUGAAAAAGAAUUGCAAAGAAUUCAUCAUAGAAAAGUAUUCAGGGGUGUAGCGUUAUAAAUCAGAAACACAAGAGUUUUCACCAUUUUCUUUCUCAAGCCUAAUAAAUGUUCUGUUUGUGCUUUGUUACGAAAUUACAACCAUAUUACAAGUUUUAUGUUGACAAAUGUUUUUAAAGUACCUACAAUGAAAUUGAUUGAUCUCACAAGGAGUUAAACUCGAAAUAGUUUUUGUUCAUAGAAAGUGCUGUAUAUAAUCUUCAAAGGUGUAUUAAAUUAUGUAUUUACAUAUUGGAAUGACAAAUCUUGUUACAUAUCCAAUGCAACGCACUUCUAAAGCGCGGAACUAUUUACUUAAUCAUAUUAAAGACCUUGUAAUCAAUUUAUCAAUAGUAUACACAUAUAAAAAAUAUUUAAAGAUUAUAAAAAUAGCAACAAUAUUUACAGUUACCAAAUAAACUACCUUUAAAAACCGAAA